UGACCAUAUACGGGCAUGAUUUUGUCGCUUCCACUUUGCCGGGAGACAGUAUACCUGACCGUGUGUCACGAGCCACUGUUAGUGUACAGUUCCGCCCGGCACUUACCGUGAACACCUUCAAUACCCAGGUUCCAAAAAAUAACCGAUCACCAUGUGUGACGAAGAUGUUGCUGCUCUGGUUGUGGACAACGGGUCCGGGAUGUGUAAGGCCGGCUUCGCUGGGGACGAUGCCCCGAGGGCCGUCUUUCCGUCCAUCGUGGGCAGGCCUCGGCAUCAGGGCGUGAUGGUCGGUAUGGGCCAGAAGGACAGUUAUGUCGGUGACGAGGCCCAGAGCAAGAGGGGCAUCUUGACCUUGAAAUACCCCAUCGAACACGGCAUCGUCACCAACUGGGACGACAUGGAGAAGAUCUGGCACCACACCUUCUACAACGAGCUGCGUGUGGCUCCCGAGGAGCAUCCUGUGCUUCUCACUGAAGCUCCGCUCAACCCCAAGGCCAACAGGGAGAAGAUGACACAGAUCAUGUUCGAGACCUUCAACAGCCCGGCCAUGUACGUGGCCAUCCAGGCCGUUCUGUCCCUGUACGCCUCCGGUCGGACGACUGGGAUCGUGCUGGACUCCGGUGAUGGUGUGUCUCACACGGUGCCCAUCUAUGAAGGCUACGCUCUCCCACAUGCAAUCAUCCGUCUGGACCUGGCUGGAAGAGACCUGACGGACUAUCUGAUGAAGAUCCUGACUGAGAGGGGAUACUCUUUCACCACCACAGCUGAGAGAGAAAUCGUACGUGACAUCAAGGAGAAGCUGUGCUACAUCGCCCUGGACUUCGAACAGGAGAUGGACACUGCUGCCUCCAGUUCCACUCUGGAGAAGAGUUACGAGCUGCCUGAUGGACAGGUCAUCACCAUUGGCAACGAGAGGUUCCGGGCACCCGAGACGCUCUUCCAACCUGCAUUCAUCGGAAUGGAAUCUAGUGGAGUUCAUGAGACCACCUACAAUUCUAUCAUGAAGUGUGAUAUCGACAUCCGUAAGGACCUGUACGCCAACUCCGUCCUCUCUGGCGGUACAACCAUGUUUCCCGGCAUAGCGGACCGCAUGCAGAAGGAAAUCUCUGCCUUGGCUCCUCCGACCAUGAAGAUCAAGAUCAUCGCUCCUCCCGAGAGGAAGUACUCCGUGUGGAUCGGCGGGUCCAUCCUGGCCUCCCUGUCCACCUUCCAGCAGAUGUGGAUCAGCAAGCAAGAGUACGACGAGUCGGGACCCUCCAUCGUCCAUCGCAAGUGCUUCUAAAGUUGAAACCUUCCCGUGCCAGCCAAGAUUGCUUCAAUUCCAGUUUAGCCCAAGUGUAGAACGCAGCCUCGCAGUUGGGUUUGGCAAAGCUUUCUGCUGAAUGGGAUCCGCCGUAAUAAUCAGUACCCCCUCCCCUCUCCCUGUUUUCUAAGAAGUCACUCUAACAUAAUUACCCUUUUCUAUUGAAUAGUGACUUAAGGGUGUAGCAUCAUCUUGGCGAGCAUUUAAAAUGACACACCUUUCAUAUUUUGAAAGAAAACAAUUAUAAGAUGAGUUCAAUAAAAUCACACAUUGACCCCUGUUGCUAUAUACUGAGCAUGUUGACAAUGAACGUGUAAUUCAUGAGUAUCUAAUAGUGACUACAGCAUUUGCAAUGUACUGCUAUAGACAACCUAAUAAAGUGACUUUAUCGAAUACACUUUAAAGAGUGAAAAUGA